UCUUUGUAAUUUUGAGUAAUUUGUUUGUGUCUCUGGUAGACUACAAAACAAGGAGUCUUUUCUUUCAUGGGAACCGGGGAAAAGGAAACAGAGGUUUUUUUUUGGAUGGUUUUGGGUUUGUUUCCAAGUAGCCCGUUUCUCUUGAAGAUGAACUUCAUUAUCACAAACCUCCAAAACUCAAAUUGCUUUCUGGGUUUCGCUUCUUUCACGGCAAAAGUUUGUAUUUUUUUUCUCUCUAUCAAAGCCUAAUUCAGAACCACUAGUGCAUGUAACCCCCCUAUUUUUCUCUUAUAAUCAUUAUUUUCCAUUUAGUUGCUUCAAUUUUCGUAAGAUUUUGUAAUCUGGGUCCUUGCUAUUUCGAUAUAGGCAGCUACAAUUGGUCUUGUGUUCUUCAGUGGAGUGCCUACUUGAUAACAAAUUCACCAUUUAUUAGAGUUUUCCUGUGAAAUUUGCAUGUUGGGUUUUCUCUCAUUACAUUUUGAAGGAUGAUAAUCGACCGGUUGAUGAUUUGAUACAGAUCCAUUCUUGGUAUUCGGAGUUGCAAAGGAAUGGGCUAAUUUGUAGUAAGAAUCAGUAGUAAAAGAGGCAAAUAUGUGAUGAGGUUUUUGUCCUGCAAGAUUCAUUGUCCUUCCUUCAUUUGCUUUUGCAAAUCCUCCCCUCAUAUUUACAGUCCUGGACCAUUGAAAUUGGAAAACAUCCCACAUGUGCUUUCAGAACCAGCCUCGGUUCAUGAAGACUCUGAUCAGUUAUCUGGCGAGGCCAUUGAGGUCAAGGAAGAUUGCUUAUAUCUGAAACAACAACAACCAGCCGAUCAUCAUUGCCUGAAAAGCAGUAUCAGAAAGCCCAUUCUCGCCGCCAAAGAGGAUCGGAAGAAGAAGGUACAAUGGGUGGAUUUUUUAGGGAAAGAACUUGUUGAGAUCAGGGAAUUUGAAUCCAGUGAAAUAGAAUAUACUGACAACGAAGGUGAUGAUAAUAGAGGCUGUGUUUGUGUUAUUCUAUGAAUCUGCUCAAAACAUCCUCCGCUCUGCAAUUUCCAACAGCAAGUGCCGCAACAACGAGAGAAAGACAAAACAGAGUUUAGCUUUCUGAACUGAAACACAUUCAGCAUAGGGUUCUGGAAUUGGAAUUGAGCCAUGCAGUACGUCUGGCUCAAAGUUCAAAACUCGUCACUUUCUUUGGCGCUGCCUCUUCAGCCUUCUAAUCAAGUCUAAUUCACAGAAAUUCUUGUAUUAGUAGAUAUUUUCUUUUAUCUCAUAGAUUAUAAGAAUGUCAAGCUAUAGUUUAUUCUCUUUCACCCGUCAAGAUUUGAUUCUUGAGCUGCUUAGCUCUGGCCCUUUGCAGCA